GAGCAUGUUAGUUUCACUAUGCUGAAGUGACAUUUAAGAGAUGGAGUGUGUAUUGUACACGUAAGCACAGUCUUGCAUUCUCUUCACAAAUCUUUUUUUGAAUAACUGCAUACAAUCUCCAGGCCUUGUUUGAUACUACAAACAGAAAGAGCUGAGAAAGCAGCCCCAGUUAAAGAAAGAUAUGGCGUCCUCCAGCAGUCUCCUGUCUGAAGAGCAGUUCCUGUGUUCUAUCUGUCUGGAUGUGUUCACUGAUCCUGUAGCCAUUCCAUGUGGACACAACUUCUGCAAGGCCUGUAUCAGAAAGUACUGGGAUACCACUGACCUGUGCCAGUGUCCAAUGUGUAAAAAAUCAUUUGAUAGGAGACCAGAUCUCUUUGUCAAUACUUUCAUUUCUGAGAUGGCUGCUCAGUUCAGGAAGUCAGUUCAAGUGAAAGCUACCAGCAGCCCAGACCAUUGCCCUACUGAGCUUAGAGGAGUGGCCUGUGACGUCUGCACUGGGACGAAGCAUAAGGCCCUGAAGUCUUGCCUGGUGUGUCUGGCCUCUUACUGUGAGACUCACCUGGAGGCUCAUCAGAUAGCCCCAGCCCUGAAGAAACACAAGCUGAUCCACCCUGUGGAGAACCUGGAAGACAGGGUGUGUAAGGAGCAUGGCAAACUCCUGGAGAUGUUCUGUAGGACUGACCAGACGUGUGUUUGUGUCUUGUGUAUAAAAACAGACCACAAGACUCACUACACCGUCCCUCUAAAGGAAGAGUAUGGAAAGAAGAAAGCCCAGCUGGGGAAGACGGAGGUAGAAGUGCAGCAGAUGAUCCAGAAGCAACUGCAGAAGGUUAAGGACAUCAAAUACUCAAUAGUGCUCUGCAAGAGAGACGCAGAGAGAGAGAUAGCAGACAGCGUGCAGGUCUUCACUGCCCUGGUGCGCUCCAUUGAGAGAAGCCAGGCUGAUAUCAUUGAGGUGGUCGAGGAGAAGCAGAAAGCAGCAGAGAGGCGGGCUGAAGGCCUCAUUAAAGAGCUGGAGCAGGAAAUCACUGAGCUACAGAGGAGACACACUGAGCUGGAGCAGCUGUCACACACUGAGGACCACCUCCACCUCCUCCAGAGCUCCACAUCCCUCUGCAGCCUUCCUCCCACCAAGGACAGGUCAAAGAUAAGUGUUCACAGUGGUCAGGGUGUGGGCACUCUGAGGAGAGCAGCGUCUCAGCUGGAGGAGACACUCAUUAGUGAAGUGAAGAAGUUGUGUGAUGCUGAGCUGAAAAUGAUUCAGCAGUAUGCAGUGGAUGUGACUUUGGAUCCUGAUACAGCAAACAGGUAUCUCACCCUGUCUAAGGACAGGAAACAAGUGAGACAGUCAAACACAGCAAACAAUCACCGUGACAACCCAAAUAGGUUUUCCAAGUGUUCCAGUGUGAUGGGAAAGGAGGGCUUCUCCUCAGGGAGAUUUUACUAUGAGGUACAAGUGAAAGGGGAUGGCUGGGAUUUAGGAGUGGCCGGAGAGUCCAGCAACAGGAAGGGAGAGAUUUAUCUGAGCCCUCUUGAUUUAUACUGGGCUGUUGUGCUGAGGAAUGGGAACGAGUAUCAAGCUAAUGAAGACUCUGUUGUCCCCCUCUUUCUGAGAGAGAAGCCCCAGAAGGUGGGGGUGUUUGUGGAUUAUGAGGAGGGUCAGGUCUCUUUUUAUGAUGUGGAGGCCAGGUCUCAUAUCUACUCUUUCACUGGCUGCACCUUCACUGAGAAACUCUAUCCAUACUUCAGUCCUUAUUUUUCCAAACGCGGUCAAAACUCUAUCCCUCUGAUCAUAUGUCCUGUCGAAUACACAGACUGAGUUGCAACCUCCAAGUCUAA